GAGAUAUUUAAAUGCUCACAGUGUUUGCAACAUUGACCUCUUGGGACAAGAUGAAAUUAUGCAUUAGUUUACUAUGCUAGCCAACAUUGUGUGAAACUAUGUACUAGUGAUCUACUAGUAUUACAGUGGACUUGUGGGGAUGGGUAAUUGUUAAGUCAUGUAGCUUUCAACAUGCUCACUGUGGUUUUUGUGGAGUGCAAGUAGGGGAAGAGUAGGACCAUAGCCACUGUCUUUAGCCAUAUUAUACAAGGAAAACAACAAGGAAAUUGAAGUGGCUUGUAUAGUCAGCAACUGCAGUGUUUUCACUAGCAUACCUGUCAAUCUCUUCAUGUCUUUCUCUCCUCUUUUGAUAAUAAGUUUUGGUGGGCAUUUUAUUUUUAACUUUCUGUUACUAAAAUUUAUCAAAGUAAGGAAGGGAGUUGAAAAAACAGUAGGAAUUUUAUGGAGUCUAAUGAUUUUCUGAGUCUUUUGAGAAUGUCUCUCUGAUCAUUUUCUUUUUUGUGCCUCAAAAGCUUCAUCACUACUUUGGGUGGUUGCUUGAUCAACCUUUACUUUUCCAAAAAGUUUACUUGUUGGGUUGUACUGUUUGUUACCAAUUUCUCUAUUUUGCUUUGACUAUGUGAAAUCUACAAUGAGUUGUUUUUUUCUUUACCCAAGAUUCUUUUUUAUGUGAUCUGGGUUGUGCCCAUUUUAUCCCUGAGAAGGUGGUGGUACCAUUUCUUGAACUAUCCAGUGGGCCUUUACACCACAUGGGAGUUGGGACUGGCCAGUGGCCAUUGAUGCACUCGAGUAACAGUUUAAAUAAUGUGACUUUCCGGAGACACAGGGAGGAUCUGCUCAAUAUGCUUGACCACUAUGAAAGCAGGCCAAGGUCAUGCCUUAUUCACUGCAGAAUGUUCACACUCCUUCCACUUCCAGUGCAUUACAUCCAAUGUAAAACAUGGUAACCAGAUCUGCCCCAUUUGUCGAGCAAAAUGGAAGGAAGUUCCAUUCCAGAAUCCUGCUUCUGAUCUCUUUAAUAGACGGUCUAGAAUUAGUCGUGGUGUUUGGCCUCAAGAUGAUGGCUGGAUGAAUGUUGUUCCACAGAUCCCUCAUCCUCGUUUUGAUGCAAAUCGGCAUAGCGCUCCGCUCCUUCAAGCCCAUGAGCCAGGUGUGUUUGAUGAUGAUGAACUUUUCGCCCCCCAAACUGAGGAUACUGCUUCACAUGAAAAUACUUCAACUGAUGACCGGUCUAUUGGAUCAAUAGAAAUCGAGACAUAUCCUGAGGUUUCCGCUGUUGCAAGAUCAGCAUCUCAUAGUAAUUUCAACGUAUUAUUACAUCUAAAAGCUCCAGUUAAUGGUGGAGAGCAACGCUCUGAUGCAGACCAGGCAAAUCCACUUUUAAUUUCUCAGAACUCUCGUGCGCCAAUAGAUCUUGUCACUGUGCUUGAUGUCAGUGGUAGCAUGGCAGGUACAAAACUUGCUUUGCUAAAACGAGCAAUGGGAUUUGUCAUACAAAAUCUAGGACCUUCUGAUCGUCUUUCAGUCAUUGCCUUCUCCUCUACAGCUCGUCGCCUCUUUCCUCUACGUAGGAUGACAAAUGAUGGAAGGCAGGAAGCACUGCAGGCUGUUAAUGCGCUAAUUUCAAAUGGUGGUACCAAUAUUGCGGAGGGGCUGAGAAAGGGUUCCAAGGUUAUGACAGACCGCAAGUGGAAGAGCCCAGUCAGUAGUAUUAUACUAUUAUCUGAUGGGCAGGACACGUAUACAGUAUCAAGCCCCCGUGUUAAUACCCAUACUGCUCAGCAGUCACUUCUCCCAUCGUCUAUGCGUCGUGAUAGUGGUGCAGGCGCCAACAUUCCAGUCCACUCAUUUGGUUUUGGUGCAGAUCAUGAUGCUGUUUCAAUGCACUCGAUUUCUGAAGCUUCUGGGGGGACAUUUUCUUUUAUAGAGGCAGAGAGUGUGAUCCAAGAUGCUUUUGCACAAUGCAUUGGAGGGCUUUUGAGUGUUGUGGUGCAGGAACUCCAAGUUGUAGUUGAUUGUGUUCAUCCAACUUUGUAUCUCAACUCAAUAAAAGCUGGAAACUAUAAGACGAAUUUAACGGCUGAUGCUAGAACGGGAUUCAUAGAAGUUGGGGAUCUGUAUGCUGAAGAAGAGAGAGAUUUUUUGGUGGUACUCGAUAUUCCAGUUGAGAAAUGCACUAAUGACAUGACUCUGGUAAAAAUUAAAUGUCAUUACACAGACCCUAUCACAAAAGAAUCAGUGACUUUGGAAGAACUUAGGAAUGUAGUGAUUGAAAGGCCUGAAACUACUGGAGAACUUUCAGUGUCCAUGGAAGUGGACAGACAGCGAAACAGGCUUCACGCAGCAGAGGCAAUGGCAGAAGCACGAGCUGCUGCUGAACGUAGUGAUUUAACCGCUGCAGUGUCAGUCCUUGAGCAUUGCCGCAAUAAGUUGUUAGACACGGUGUCAGCCCGAGCUGGUGACAGGCUGUGUGUGGCAUUGGGUGCUGAACUGAAAGAAAUGCAAGAGAGAAUGGCGAACCGUCGUGUCUACGAGUCUUCAGGAAGAGCUUAUGUCCUUUCAGGUUUAAGCUCACAUUCAUGGCAGCGGGCAACUGCAAGAGGUGAUUCCAUGGAUAGUACAAGCCUGGUGCAUGCUUACCAGACCCCAUCAAUGGUCGACAUGGUCACUCGAUCCCAGACAAUGUUUUUUGGCAAUCCAUCAUCGCAAUUUACAGCCAGACCUGCUCGGUCUUUCUCAACACAACCACAGCCAAGGUAACUGGCGUAAUUAUCAUUGAAGUCUUCUCGAGUCCUCGCCUGUUAAGAGUGGUUCGGAAAAGUGGACAACCUCUUGUCAAAUGCAGGUAGAGAGCUACUGGAAGACUUCUGUUUUGCAUUUUCAUUUCAUAAGAAUGGGUAUGGGUAUAUUUCCUUGUGUACAUGAAUAAGAUUAGGGGAAGGAUUUACGAGGAUAAUUGGUGGAUAAAGGACAAAUGGGGGUUAGGAUUUACAAUCAAAACAUGGGUUUGUGUAUAAGAGAAGAGAAGGGGGUUUUUUUUUGCUUUGGAAAAAAGUUUGGUGCAAUGCCUUAUAAUUGUGGGGGAUACUGGAAAAAUUCUUCUCUUGAUUCUUUUCGCAAGUCUCUGCUUAUGCUGCUGCACUUGUGUAUAUUUUGUUUUUCAAGAUUUGAAAUCUCUGCUUAUGAAUGUUGCAAUUGUGUAUAUUUUUGUUUUCAAGUUAUUAAGGCUUAAGCAUGUUUCCCA